CGCAGCGCUCUGGCUCCCUCGUCUGGGAAGCCGUUGGCCGGAACCGUCGCCGCCGGGGGAUGGUUCCCCGACCAGUGAGCCCCUCCCCGGGCGAUGGGGCCGACAGCCCGGGCCACGGCGCGGCGGGGGUGACCGCGGGGACCCGGCCCGCCCCCUCCUGGGCUGCAGCCCCGGGUCCUGAGGGCGAGGCGUCGCGGCGCCGGCAGCGUCCGACGCGGCGGCGGCGCGGGUGGUGGCCGUGGCGGCGGCGGCGGCAGAAGCAGCAACAGCUGCAGCAGCAGCAGGAGGGCGAGGAGGAGCGGCGGCCCAGUGCAGGACCGGACCUGGCGUUGGGCGAGCGAUGCGCGGAGGCUGCCCCGCCGCCGCCCCCGGCCGCCCCCUCGCCUCCUCGCGUCCGUAAAGCCUGGUCGCGGCGGCGGCGGUCGUCAAUGGAGCUCGAGAACCUCUUGGCCAACUCGAUGCUGCUGAAAGCGCGCCAAGGAGGAUAUGGCAAAAAAAGCGGUCGUAGUAAAAAAUGGAGGGAGAUGCUGAAGCUGCCCACCGUCAUCCAGUGCAGCAAGCUUCGACAUUUGAUUGAGAAGGAGUAUAGCAGUCUUUGUGACAAGCAGCCAAUUGGAAGACUUCUCUUCAGGCAGUUCUGUAAUACAAAGCAUGAUCUAAAGAGGUGCAUUGAAUUCCUGGAUGCAGUGGCGGAAUAUGAAGUGGCUGCUGAUGAGGACAGAAGAGACUGUGGGCUCCUGGUCUUAGACACAUUCUUCAUUGAGGAGGUUUCGGCAACCCCUCUACCAGAAAUACCGGCCCACGUCGUGCAGGAGUGCAGACUACAGCUGCAGGAGGACCCUUCCCAAGACGUCUUCAAGGAGUGCACUCGAAUUGUCCAUGACUAUUUAAGUGGAGAAUCAUUUGAAGAAUACCAAGAAAGCUCAUAUUUUUCUCGAUUUUUACAGUGGAAAUGGCUGGAAAGGCAACCAGUAACAAAGAACACAUUUAGACAUUACAGAGUUCUAGGAAGAGGCGGAUUUGGAGAGGUUUGUGCCUGUCAAGUGCGAGCCACGGGAAAAAUGUAUGCCUGUAAAAAGCUAGAAAAGAAAAGAAUAAAGAGGAGGAAAGGGGAAGCUAUGGCUCUCAAUGAAAAAAGAAUCCUAGAAAAAGUGCACAGUAGAUUUGUAGUUAGCUUAUGCUACACUUACGAAACCAAAGAUUCCUUGUGCUUGGUGCUAACCCUUAUGAACGGAGGUGACUUGAACUUUCACAUUUACAACUUGGGCAACCCCGGCUUCGAUGAGCAGAGAGCUAUUUUCUAUGCCGCAGAGCUGUGCUGUGGCUUGGAGGAUUUGCAGAGGGAAAGAAUUGUGUACAGAGACUUAAAGCCUGAGAACGUUCUCCUUGAUGAUCAUGGACACAUCCGGAUUUCAGAUCUUGGUUUAGCCAUGGAGAUCCCGGAAGGGGAGACCAUCCAAGGAAGAGUCGGAACGCUCGGCUACAUGGCUCCCGAAGUUCUCAAUCUUGAAAGGUAUACAUUUAGUCCUGAUUGGUGGGGACUUGGCUGUCUGAUAUACGAAAUGAUUCAGGGACAGUCUCCGUUCAGAAAAUUCCAAGAGAAGGUCGAUAGGGCGGAGGUGGAGCGGAGAGUGAAGGAGGAGGCAGAGCGGUACUCCGAGAAGUUCUCCGAGGACGCCAAGUCCAUCUGCAGCCUGCUACUCACCAAGGAUCCCAAGCAACGCCUGGGCUGCAGGGGCGAAGCGGUGGCUGAAGUCAAGGGACACCCUGUGUUCAAGGACAUUAACUUCAAGAGGCUGGAGGCCCACACGUCAGACCCCCCUUUCCGUCCUGACCCGCAGGUGGUUUACUGCAGGGACGUCCUGGACAUCGAGCAGUUCUCCAAGGUGAAGGGCAUCCACCUGGACAGCACCGACCACACCUUCUACAGCCAGUUCGUCACGGGCUGUGUCUCCAACCCCUGGCAGAACGAGAUGAUCGAGUCUGAAUGUUUCAAGGACAUCAACGAAAGGGGAAAUGUGGCAUUAGAUCCAGAAGAGAAAACAUAUCAACCAGCUCCCAAACAGAAGAGAGGCUUCUUCCACAGAGUCUUCACUCGAGGGCUUUCUUUUUUCAGUGCCUGUUAUAUAAGAUAAUUUACAUAGUUUGAAAGCCAGCUGUAAGGCGCAGUUUGAGCCCAGCGAGAAGAAUCCUCACAGUGAUGUUUGUUAUUGCUAUGAAAACUGU